AUGCGCAAGAUAGUCCAACAUUACACGCGAUUCUCAGACCAAGAUAGCAAUGGGAGCCCUAGUUCUCGCUGGGGUCAGCUUAUCAGAGGCUGGUCCUGGGGUCUGGCUGCGGGUGGAGCCGUUAAUCUGCCCUUCGGUUCGGGCCGCGCUGUUUUGGGAAGUGUCAACCAAUUUGGGAAUUUCCGAAACUACUCGGAUUUGACUCUAGUGCUUGGUUUUGGGGUGGAUUGGCUUCGGAAAUUGCUGCACUUGGAAGCCCUGUUUGUUGACUCCAUGUUAUCAUGUGCACAGCGCGGAAUCUGA